AUGCAUUUCUUUGCAGCUUUCUCUCUCUCGCUACUAAUUAGUUUUUUUCUCUCACCGUGCAAUGCACAGACAAAUAAUACAACCUUUCGAGUUGGUGUCAUUCUUGAUGCCGAUUCACUAGUCGGCCGAAUAGGCAAUACCAGCUUGUCUCAAGCACUCUCCGAUUUUUAUUCAACUCACUCAAAUUAUUCGACAAGAAUUGUGCUUAAUGUAACUGAUUCAAGAGGACAAGUCACCGAUGCUGCAGAUAGAGCUCUAUAUUUGUUGAAGGAUGUAAAAGUCAAUGCAAUAAUCGGUCCUCAAGAAACUGCACAAGCAAACUUUGUAAUCGGUCUUGGAGAUGCAGCAAAAGUGCCGAUCGUUUCUUUUUCCGCAACGAGUCCGUCUCUCCAUUACCAAACUCCAUUUUUCCUUCAAACAGCCAUCGACGACGCUGAUCAAGUCGAUGCUGUUGCCGCCAUAGUUAAGUACUUCAAAUGGUCUCAAGUUGUUCUCGUUUACGAAGACUCAGAUUACGGCAUUAGCCUUACUCCGUACCUUUCGAAUGCAUUCCAACAAGUGAACGCUCGAGUUUCAUACAGAAGCACUAUCCCUAUCUCGGCAACUAACGAUUUCAUCCUUCAAGAGCUGUACAAGAUGAAAACUAUGCAGACACGGGUUUUUGUGGUGCAUACUACGAGCGGUCUUGCUUCUAGAAUCUUCUUGAAAGCAAAGGAAGCAGAAAUGAUGAGCGAAGGCUAUGUGUGGAUCGUAACCAGCGGUAUCGUGAAUUUGUUUUAUUCAUUGGAUUCAAAAGUUGUAGAGUCUAUGCAGGGAGUUCUCGGUGUAAAACCCCUCGUUCCAAUAUCGACUAAACUCGGAGAAACGAGCCUUUACGGGCUGUGGGCAUAUGAUACUUUGUGGGCAUUGGCUUUGGCUGCCGAGAAAGUUGGAUUUACGAAGCAGCCGAGUUCUUCCCCAAACACAACCACACUGUUUAUUAACGAAACAUCAUUAACAGGUCCGAAACUCCGUGCAGCAAUGUUGGAAACUGAAUUCGAAGGACUUGCCGGGAAAUUCAAAUUGGUCGACAGUAAACUAAAGUCGUCUUCUUUCCAGAUACUAAGUAUAAACAUAGAGGGGCUGAGAGAAGUUGGAAUAUGGACUCCGUUAAGUGAAACGAACGCAAACAUGACGGGUUUUUCGGGUGAGAAGUUGGAGAAUAUUGUAUGGCCCGGAGAAUCGAGGAAUGUACCAAAGGGAUGGGAGGUUCCGGUGAGUGGUAAGAAGCUUCGGGUUGGGGUUCCAGCUGUCGGUGGUUUCCCGCAAUUCGUGAAAGUCAAUACCGAUUCUAAAACAAACGCUACCAAAAUUACUGGAUUGUACAUUGAUUUAUUCGAUGCCGUCAUGGCUGCACUACCAUAUGCCGUCCGAUACGAGUACUUCCCGUUUAAAAGUUCAGACGGCUCACAUGCCGCGAGUUAUGAUGAUUACUUAAACGAAGUUUACAACGGGAACUUUGAUGCUGCUGUUGGAGAUAUCACGAUAACAUCCAAAAGAUCGGAACUUAUCGAUUUCACUCUUCCAAUCGAAGAAGGUGGUGUUAACAUCAUACAAAAAAUGGAUUACGAUGUCGAUCCCAACGACAAAUGGUAUAACAUCGCUUUCAGAGCCCCCCCGUCGGAGCAUCUCGGCUUGAUCCUUUACAUCCCGUUCAUGUCAAUUGUAUAUGCAAACAGGGAAAGAAUAGUGAGCAAUUUAGCUCGAUUGGUUGUGGUGGUGUGGAUAUUCGUCGUGCUGAUACUGAACUCAACUUACACGGCAAGUCUUUCAGCAGGAUUAACAACAUUGGAGCCUCAAAAAAUCUAUAAGGAUUUGAGUACACUUGUUAGUAACAACCACAGUGUUGGAUGCCGCGAAGGCUCGUUCAUUAUCGAGUUCUUGAAAGGGCUGAAUUUCACGGACAAAAACAUCAAACUUUAUAAAACUCCGGAGGAUUUUCAUAAUGCCUUGUCUAAAGGUGAGAUAAAGGCGAUGUUUACGCGCACUACUUAUACCGAUCUCUUCUUAUCCAAGUACUGUAACAAGUACAUGACAGUUGGCACACCAAAUAUUACCAAGGGAGUUGCAUUUGUAUUUCCUAGGGGGUCACCGUUAGUUGCUGACGUGUCACGUGCGAUAAUCAAACUGACAGAUAAUCAAAGAAUAUUGGAAAUAAGGGGACACUGGAUAAGAGAUCAAUCGGCAUGCAACGGAGACGAUUCGACUAAGGAUACGUCGUUACGAAUAAGCUUGAAGAGUUUCGAAAUUCUGUUUGGUAUAACUGCGGGAAUCACGGGGACUUGUGUUUCGGUGUUUCUAGUCGCGUAUAUGUACACAAACAGAGAUUUCAUUCGGAGGGUCGUGUCCAACUCUGGCCCAACAACUUGGUCCAAAUUACGCGCGCUUUUCCGGCAUUUCGAUCAAAUAGACCCCCGAUCUUCUCUGUCUAAAAAAGGCGGCAACAACGCCGGAAAUGCGUCUCCCGAUUUUAAUGCAUAUCGAUGUUACAACGGCGAUCGAGAAACGGCGAGUGAGAGUGGAUCUUUUAGUCCACGUUCGGACCACGCAAUGUUAGAUGCGGAUCAUCAUCCAAGUUAUAGUCCAGCUUGA